CUCACGCUGCUGGGCAAGCACGAGCUGGUGCCCGUGCUGGGCUCGCGCUGGCUCGUGGUCAACGUGGCGCACGACCUGCUGGCGGCUGCGCUCUACGGCGCCGCGACAGCCAUCAUGAUCGACCAGACGCAGAGGCACAGCUACUGCAACCUCAAGAAUUACCAGAUGCCCUGCGCCUACCACGCCUUCCUGGGCGCCGCCGUCUGCGGGGGCCUCUGCCUGGGCCUCUACCUGCUCUCGGCGCUCUACAGCUGCUGCCGCCGCUACCAAGGCGAGCAGGAGGUGGCGUGAGACGCCCCCCGCGGGCGGGGGACCCUGAGGACACCAGCGCCCCAGCCCUUCCUGCCGCCCGCGCCCGUGCGCCCUGGCACCCUCCCUCGCGCUGCGUUCCCGCCACCGCCACCGCCCUCGCCCAGGCACCCGGACACCCAGACAGACACCCAGACACGCAGUUCCCUCCCGACGGCAGCGCCACCGCCCAGAGCCCGGACCGCUGCGUGGGAUGCGCAGUCUCCAGGGGCCCGAGCAGGACGACAUCCGCAGGGCGGACGCACACUCCCAUUCCCCUCCCGAGGCCAGACCUCGCGGUUCCUCUUCCCCUUCCCCGCUGACAGCGAGACGUGGACAGGCGCCGCGUAGAUCCGGUGGAGGCUCCCAAAUUGUUGCCAGUCAUCUGGCGGCGCCCCUGCCCCCUUCCUGCCGCCCCGCGCUGGGAAGAGCACCCCCUUUCCCUGGGCCCUCUGCCAGCCUGAGGGCUGGGAAAGGCAGGCAUGUAGCCAGCCGUGGGCAGAGCUGGAGACAGGCCGCCACUGGCCCCGGGAGGAGCGACGAGUCUGGUUUUAGUUCGGGAUUUUUCGGACAUCCUGCGCCGGUCCUACCCGGCCCAUCGCUUGGUGCUUUGAUGUCUUGGGGUGGGGCCUAGCUCCAAAGGUGAGGAUGGAUGGUCAGGGCCUGUGGGCUGUAUUCUUGCCUCUGUCUGUUCGCCUUUGUCCCCUCGGUUCAUGGAGGCCAGACCCAAACGCACACUAGCUUUCCCAGCCUGACUCACAGGCCUCUGCUCCACUCCCACCUCCCAAUAUCUUUCUGCAUUAGGGACCCCACAGGACCGCGGGGGAAUGUUAGGGCGAGCUCCCUUCCGUUUUACAGAGGGAACCCUAGAGCUUGCUUGUAAGAAAAGCCAGAAUAACGUUAGAACCUUGUCUCCCAGCUCCCCUUCCAGCGCUGUUGGAAACAGUGGUGUUCCCUGGGAUCCUGCUCAGGAGUUACCCUCUCAAAGAGGGUUUCCAGGCUGAAUGGGUUUGUCAAAGGUGCUAUCCCCCCUUCCCGGGGAGUCACUGGCACAUCCAAGGCUCCGAGAAGUCCUGCCGUAAAACCAGGCAAUAAGAAGUGUUUCUUGCCCCUGGGCCUGGAUCAGAUUUUGCCACCUAAGGUUCCCCUGCAGUCUUGGCUUUCAUUUCUUCCUAGUGGGCCCAACCCGUUGGUCUUUCUGAAGACUUGGGGUGCUCCCUCUUUCCCAGGGACUUUCUCUAGCAGAGGGAGGGCCCAGCCCAUGAGGGAAAAUAACUGCUCCUGGACAGGCCAGGGAGAGGCCUGGGACCUGGUGGAUCGGAACAUUCCUUUACAUCGUUUGGGAAAUGAAGCCAAAGUUACCCAGAUGGUCUCCCAGUCAAAGGGAAUGACACCUGCAAGAGAGCCUGGCUCUGCCUGUGACGGCGGUCACACUCACCGAGAGAGGAAAGCUCUGGCGCUGGGGUGGACAGCUGGCCCAGCCUCAGGAAGGUUUCUGUGUUGCAGGAGCCAUGGAGAUUCCCAGGGAUCCGGGCCUGUGUCAACACAGGGUUUCACAGCGGGGGAGGGAAGGACCUCUGCCCAGCAGCUUUCUGUCAGCACCAUCCAGUGGAAAAACCAAGAUGGGUGAAGAUUCAUUUCGCCUCAACAUAAGAGAAAUCCUGAGUGCUGUGACUUGGGCACAAUAUUCCAAACAUCUGGAACUGAGCCGUGUGCCUCUGUACCCUAAGCAGCGGGUUUUGGCUCCAGCUUUUGUUCCUUUUCUCUGUUCUUAUACCACCAUCUAAACUGCAUCCUCCGCUCAGAUCCGGACCCCUGAGGAUGCUGUCUUAGUCCCCCCAGCCCAUGGUGCUCGGUCUGUGGUCCAGUGACCCUACUCAGGAGCAGAUUUCUCCUUGGCCUUCAUGGUACCUUAUUCACCCAGAUGUGCCUGAAAUAUUUCAAUGCUCACUGGCUCUUCCAGAUGUGCCUUGUGCUUGGCCUCCCACUGCUUCUCCAGAUGUGAGAAGGGUGUGUAAUAUGGCCCCACAUCCUCCCCUCCCCCUGGAGGCCCUGUGCCAUGGGAAUGGCCACCUGAUCUGGCCCAGAAUGUUUGGAUACUGGAGUCUAUCUCUGGCUUCUCUCUCUGGACUCCAGGACUCAAUCUAGCCCAAGACCACUGUGGGCUGCUCCCAGCCCAAAGCCUAGGACCACUUGCAGACCCAGGAGAGGAUUUUUCCAGCGUUCUACAAUGCUCAAAAGAAAGGGUGGAAAUGGGAGGGCUGAAGGCUGGUAGGGAGAAGGGACCAAUGUGCCUCAUUUAAGAGUCCAAUGGUGAUUACUAAUAUGCUUUUAUGAAUAAAGUUUAGUUUGACUGAU